CUUGUAUUUUCAGUUAAGUGCGAAGUGAAGAAGAUCUCUUCGUCUUCAAAGCCAAAAGCAGCGGAAGAGCGACUUGCCACUCGCCUGUGUGUGUAGAGCUUAAGAAAACACGUGAGCAACGAUGAACGCGUCCGACGCCGACCGCCAGAUCAAACAGAUGGUCAACUUCAUCCUGCAGGAGGCGCAGGAGAAGGCCAACGAGAUCCGCAUUAAGGUAAAAGAAAAGAGAUCCCUCUGCGUGUCUGAGACUCAAGCACAAUUAAUACACACUGUGAGGGGAAAGUCGUUGCUCAUUAUCCGUAAAAUUUAUUCCAGACGGAGCAUGACUUCAACUUGGAGAAGCAAAUGCUGGUGCACAACGCCAAAAUCAAGAUCCAGGAGGAAUACACGCGCAAGGAGAAGGAGCGCGAAAUCAACAAGCGCAUUGCUCGCUCGGCUGAGAUCGGUGCCUCACGACGACAGAAGAUGAUUGCGCGUGACGAGCUCCUGAAGACGCUCAUUGUGGAGGGUCAGGCCCAGUUGAGGAACUACACGACCGCCGACGAGAAGAACAAGGCGCUGCUGCGUGACCUCAUCGUGCAGGGUCUGAUCAAGCUGUUCGAGACCGACGUAGUGGUCGCUGUGCGUGCAAAGGACGUGCGUCUGGCCGAGAUGGUGCUCAAGGAGGCCACGGACAAGUACAUUGCCACUAUGAAGAAGGAGGCCAACCUGGACGUUAGCAAAGUCAAGGUGACGCUCAACAAGGCAGCGGAUGGCAUGCUGCCGGACUCCAAGGCUGGUGGCGUCGUGUUGUACGCCAAACAGGGCAAGAUCGUGUGUGACAACACCCUGGACACCCGUCUGGACCAAAUCUACUACGACCUCAAGCCCACGGUGCGCAAAAUGCUGUUCCCGACUCCAUAAAGCAGAACUUUGGCCAUGCAGCGUUCGUUAUGAGGAGAACGAUGAUGCAUUGAAUUCAAUGUCGCGUUGCCGCCAAUGCAGUGGCAACCUGAUGGAGCUUUAACUUUCAUACAGCACACUUGUAACUGGGUUGCCAAGAGCGGUACUCUGUGUUUACCGCAGCAAAUCCUGCAGUCUCCAUUCUUGCCAUGUUGCAAUCUCCUCAGUGCUAGUAGUAUCACUCCCGUACUGAGAAAUAUCACCGUGAAAUAGAGAACUUGUCUCGGGCUUCCACAUCGCCGAGAACGGUCCAUACGCAACGCUAACCAAAUGCGCAGCAUCAAUCUGCGUGGACGUGAAAUGCCAGUCACUCGACAGCGUUCCAUCCAAACGUAGCUCCCAAUGGUUAUCUCCAGUUAAAUUCACGCAAACGAACUCGGCUCGUAGUAGCGAGAACCCCAGUCCAAUUCCCACAGCUUUAAUGUACGCUUCCUUGAGUGACCAUAGUCUGUAGAAUCGGGUGUAUCGACCGUCUUCGUCUGUUGCUCCGCGGAUAUAUUCCCACUCUCCUGGGUUGAAGUGAUCUGCAAAAGCUCGGAAGAAUUCCCCGAUUGACGUCUUGCGAUGGGGCCGAUCUGUUAGUCGGACGACGUCUACACCUACUAGAGCACGAGAAUCACUGGCAAUUGCCACGACGGUGCCGUGAUGCGAGACAUUGUAGUUCCACGAUAUGGGAGCAAGGUUUCCCAGUCGAUUCCAAUACGGUUUAUUCUGUCAAUAGCAGGCGUGUAAGCCAAACUGUCCAA